AGCAGUUAAAAGUGGUGUGACACCGCGUUUCUUGUGCAGUGUAGAUGCGCCCUAAGUCCGGCCUGGGGCGGAGGCGGAAGGGGAGCGCCUCUCUCUCUGCUCCGCCCUGCGUUAUACAAGCCUGCCUGGCUCUUGGCGAGUCCUCGCCCUCCGCUGGCUACUAUCGGAGCUUGCCUUCCUGCCUGGGAGCCGCAUUGUGUUGUGUUGUGUAACCCGACACACCGGACCCGCCAGAAAGCGCCCUUCCCACAGCCAGAGGCUCUCCAGUGUGAACUCAAGGCGGAGAAGGUGCUGAAGUUCAACAAGAAAUUCCUUCAGUUGUCUGGGGACUGGAUUGAGGAUGUUGAUUCACGCUGUUGGCUUCACAGCUUUUCCCCAUCUCGGUGGAUUUUUUGGCUGGUUCUUAACCCGGAAAGAAGUGCCCACAUGGUUUGAAAGUCUGAACAAACCAUCAUGGCGUCCACCCAAUAAAUUUUUCCCAGUGGCUUGGACAACACUAUAUUCCAGCAUGGGGUAUGCUUCCUACUUGGUGUGGAAGGACCUUGGUGGCUUCAACAGUAAUGCUGUAGUCCCCCUAGGUCUCUACGGAGCUCAGCUUGCUCUGAACUGGGCAUGGACUCCUAUAUUCUUUGGUGCUCAUAAACUCAAGCUGGCUCUGAUUGACAUUGUGGGUUUGUACGGUCUUGUGCUGGCCACAAUGUACUCCUGGUAUCCAAUUAACAAAACCGCCACACUAUUGAUGGUGCCUUACUUGGCUUGGCUAACCUUGGCCUCUUCGCUUACCUACCGCAUCUGGAAAGACAAUCCAGAAAAGGGAAAGAAGAGAGAAUGAGAAAAGAAUGGGUAACAUUGAAGUCACUGGAUGAUGCAGGACUUUUGAAUGGUACUACAGAAGGAAAUGAAUGUACAGACCCAAAAGCAUUGCCAUUUCUGCAUAGAGUGAUAGGCAACAGGAAGGGGCCCAUGUUUGUCAGACUGCCACACAGCUCAACUCUUAUUAGGACUCAACAUGCAAUCUUUCAUAUGUCUACUAAAAAUAAUCCAAAAGGCCUUGCUUCCAGGUACAUAGGUGUAAGAAUGCAACGUCAGCAUCACAUUGCGUUGAUAUUGUUAGGUUACGGAUAUAUGGUGAUGCCUUUGAUGAAGCUUGAAAUUGACUUUGAUUAAAUCUAUCAUUGUAUGUAAAGAAUGGUAUCAAAGGGAAAAUGAAUUUUUCUGGAUGUGCAUUGUGCUCAGAAUCUACUUGUGUGUGAUCUUUAUUUUAAAAAGUGAAGAUAUGUUAAAAAAUGAGGUUUGCUUCACUCACUCUUGUUUGUAGAUUGAAUACAUUAUUAGCUUUACUCUUGACAUUUUCUUCUUUCUCUUCAUUUACCUCUACUAUAAAAAAUUAGGUUGUCAGCUCCUUUUGGACAGGAAUGUGUUUACUUGUUUGUCUGAUUGAAAAGACUGUAUACAUUCAUAUAGAAAUGAAUGUAUUACAUAUGUACCUAAAAUGUGACAUAUUCAUGCAACUAAACACACGUUUACCAGCCCCCUUGUUUAAACAUGGGUCUGUUUCUGGGGAGCUGGAGCUGGUCAUGGUUCCCUAUUGUUUGGGUUCUUGAUGCCAUCAUUGAGUUUGCUCCAAAGAUGAAACAUGUGACUAGGAUCAGAUGCUUGAAAUGAGACAUUCUGACUUAAUUGUAUGUCCCUUCUUUGUACAUGCCAUUUGCUACCUGGGUUGGUACUUACAAAUAUAUCUGUCAUGCAGAGAAGUUUCACAAGCAGAUCUUAACUUUGAACCAAAGGAAUCCAGUUUGAGUGCCAGAGAUCAUUUUGCUUUACACUAAUAAAUGUUGCCUUACUGUGA